AUGGUCAACACAGCAACACAGCGACACAGCAUUACAGCAACACAGGGACGCAGGAACACAGCAUUACAGCAGGAACACAGGAACACAGGAACGCAGGAACUCAGGGACACAGGAACACAGGAACGCAGGAACGCAGGAACACAGGAACACAGGAACUCAGGAACCCAGGAACUCAUGGACACAGGAACACAGGAACGCAGGAACACAGGAACACAGGAACACAGGAAUGCAGGAACUCAGGAACACAGGAACUCAGGAACCCAGGAACACAGGAACGCAGGAACACAGGAACGCAGGAACUCAGGGACACAGGAACUCAGGAACACAGGAACUCAGGAACACAGGAACACAGGAACGCAGGAACACAGGAACUCAGGAACACAGGAACACAGGAACACAGGAAUGCAGGAACUCAGGGACACAGGAACACAGGAACGCAGGAACACAGGAACGCAGGAACACAGGAACGCAGGAACACAGGAACACAAGAAUGCUGUUAAUCGGACCCUGGUUCUGCUGUUAAUCCGACUCUGGUUCUGCUGUUAA